UUUCAUUUGUUUACAUUUAACUUCGUAUCGAUUUAUCUUUCUUCAAAAACAUUUUUAAAAUGUGCAAAUGCCAAAAGUGGGAGCCCAAUCCAAUAAAAAAAUAAAAAUAAGGAAGCGUUGUUGAGCAAAAUUUUUUAAAAAACUUAGUGCUGGUUCUUUUCUAAAAAAUGUGAUAUUUAAAUAAUUUCUGGAACCGGAAGACAUGGAUACUGCUGCCGCUAAAGACGUAAAUGAAGCAACCCCGGCAUUAGCGUCUACAGAUAAAGAAGCAAAUAAUGCCGAAGAGGCAGUACGCGAUGAUGCGAUUAGCAGCACUACAUCAGAUAAGUAUUUAGAUACCACUACCUCCAGUUUAGGUUGCGAUUCGGAAGCCGAUUUCCUAGAGGCAGAACUGAGCAUUUCGAACAUUACUCGCGAAAAAAUCACCGAGAACGUUGAGGAUAUUGUGCAGGAUUUGGAAAAUUUGUUAGGUGGAUCCGGGGAGUAUUUUUCACGCGAGUCCAGCUCACAGUCCCUGAGUGUCGAUCAGACUGAUAAUAGCAAAGAAACUAUAUCAGCAGAGAUACCCCCUGUAGAACUCGUGGAAUCGGUUGAACCCGCAUUGAAAUUAUGCGAGGAAGAUACUUAUAUCGUUGAUAGUACUGUUAGUACGAAAACAGAUAGUAGUGGUUGUGAGGCGAAUGCAGGAGAAGCAAAUAAAGAUCUAACGGACGAAUUUAGAGAGGAUGUUCCGCCAGAAAGUGUUGGGACCACAGAGGCGUAUCAAAACCUACCAGAAUUUACUUCUGCUGAAAACUCCGAGAUUGCAGUAAUAGCUGCAGGUGUUGAGCCAAAUGAAGCUGUUUUACUUUCAAACCAGUUAGAAGAGAGUGCAGAAAUUGAAAGCCAGGAGUCUACCGAAGUAACAACUUCGCAGACCGGUAGCAUAGAGUUAGCGGCACCAGUGGAAGUUGUGCAUGAUGCCAAUCAAGCGGAAGCUGUAUGCUCAAUGGAUGUGGACGAAGCGGUAAAUCAAUCUGAACAGUCUCAGGAUACAGAUUUGUCAUCUACCAAUGAUGAAAUAAUCGAAGCGGUAGAGGCCAGUGCUACUACUGGUGAUACUCGCGAGGCAAAUGAAGCGGAAGCAGAGGUGGCCAUCGUAAAUCGGUCGGAACAUGAAACUGAAGUUGUUAAUUCAAACACUACAAGUGAAGCGAUAGGUCCAGGAUCCAAAGCCGUUAAUUCAAGAAUGCUUGGAAUUGAUGACCAAGUAGAGGUGCCUUGCUUAGAGGAAAAUGUAAGGCCGGUUGACGGUGUAGCUGCGGAAGAAAAUGGAGUAGUGGACUCGGCAACAUCUGUAAAGGAAUUAUCUCAAGAGGACCAAGCAGUUAUAGGUGAAGACACCUUGCAAAAUGAAAACAAUGCAGAAGAUACGAAUGUUGCAAUAAUUUCCGAAGAUACUGAAAAUUAUAGUGGAGAAGGCAGAGACACUUUGGAAAAUGAAGGGGGCAUCGAAAUGGUUUCCGAAGCAAUGGAAAAUUCCCAUGUCGAAGGAGACGAAGAUAAGUCGGAAAAUGUAAAUAAUGCGGGAGUUGGUGGUGUUCAAAUGGUUCCAGAGGGAUAUGAAAAUGUCUCGGAAAAUGUCAAAGCAGAAUCAGAUCAAAUAGAAAAUGUCAACACAGAUGAAGUUGGUGGUGUUCAAAUAGUUUCGGAGGCAAUGGAGACUGAAAAUAUCGAACGAAACACAGAUAUGAUGGAAGAUAUCAAAACUUAUCACGUUGGAGACGUUCCAGUAGAGGCAAUGGAGAAUGAAAAUGUCAGCGGAGGAAAUAUCAACACGGAUGAAUUUGGUGACAUUCAAAUGGUUCCAGAGCCAAUGGAGAAUGUAAAUGUCGACGAAGGCGCAGAUAAGGGGACUAAUAUCAACAUUGACGUAGUUGGUGAUAUCCAAAUGGUUUCGGAGGCAAUGGAGAAUGAUUGUGCACAAGAAGGCGAGGACAAGAUUGAAGAUAUAAACAGUGUAGAAGUUGACGUCCAAAUGGUUUCACAGGCAUUGGAAAGUGUAUAUGCUGAGGUACGCGAAGAUAAGUUAGAAAACGAAACCAAUGCAGAAAUAGAUGAAGCCCAAACGGUUCCAGAGCCAAUGGAAAACGCAGAGGGAGGCAAAAACGUAAACAUCGCAGAAGAUUGUGAUCACCAAACACUUUCAGAAAUGACAAAUGAUAGUGAAGGCCUGUUAGAAAGUGUCAACUAUGUAGAAGACGGAAAUAUGCUUCCAGAGUUAGAUACCAAAUUGGAAGAAAGUGAAGAUAUUGAUGGGUCUAAAACUUUAAAUGAAGGGACCAAUUUGGAUUUCAGUGCAGAAAUCUCGGAAGAUGCGAAGCAGGUGUACUUUGUAAAUCAAGAAGAGAUACUGCCAAGUUCAAACAAUGCCGAAACUUCGGAAGAUGUGAGGGAGCCAGAAGUUAUCUCUUUGGAUCAACCAACCAAAUUGUCCCAAGACGAGAGUACAGAUUUUGGAAUUCUUCAACAAGUUGGAGAGGAACGUUUAGCCGAAACAGAAGAGGAGGAAAAGGCUGCAGUGGUAACGCAAGAGGAUGUUGUUCCACCAACACUCCUCCAAGCCGAAGAUGAAAAAUCAGAACAGUGUAUCGAGGAAGUUGAAAAAGAAGAAUUUGGGGCAACUGAAUCUCAAAGUCCAGCUGGAUUAGAAGCAACUCAGUUGGACUGCGCUGAUUUGAUUGAGAGUGUUCUUCCAGAAAUUUCAUCUGGUGUAGAUGAAGCAGCUAGUCCGGAAAUGCCAGAAUCUCAGAAACAGAUGGAGAUUUCUGACAUAGACAUGACACCGUUCAUGAAUCAGGUCCUGGAUGCCGAAGGAACAGAAUCUCCUACGUUUGCGCAAACGGAUUCCUUGGGAAUCACUGAUGAAAUGCUGGGUCAAAUGAACGAAACCGAACCGAUUUCAACUUCGGUCGAAUACGCAGGAACUAGUGAUUCAGCAUCGGAGUAUAUCAAUCAAGAAGAUUUGCCGCUUGGUAUUGAUGAAUCGGAAAUGCAAGCCGCAACCCAGUACAUCACGGAGGACACCUCGGAGCUUGAUCUGGCAUGCAAAAGCAUACAGAUUGAAAUGGUAUCGGAGAAGGAGCAGGACGAUUUCCUCCAACAAGGCAGCUGUGGAACGAGAUAUAUGGAGCUUGCUCCUGACGAAAGUAUGAGCGAGCAGAGUAUCGCAAUAGCCUCAAUUAUGAGCGAAAUGGGCGGGGAAGAGGGGGAAAUUCCAAUGUUAGGUUUAGAGGAGCCGGUAUCUCUAUCUGAUUUGUCGGAACCUUCAGCGCCAUUUAUGGGUGAGAAGGACAACUUGGAUGACCCGGGAAGCAAUAUGGACGGCGAUCCGACGAUUGAAUUAAGACAACCGUUAACAGUAGAAGUCGAAGGAGCUAUGAGCACAGAAGAUAUAACCGAAAUUGAGGAGCCGAGUCAAAGUGAUGUCGAAUCGUUGAAAACUCUGACAAGUGAAAAUGUACAUUCCAUAUUAAAAAUUUAUAAUCCCGAGGAUUCAACUGUGGAGGCAGCUCAAUCUGAUACUUCCGUGAAAGUUGAGCUUCCUUCGACAACAACUGAAUUUUUGCAGACUGCCAAAGAGGAUGCUGAUUCACCCGAAUCCAAUAGAAUAACCAGUACAGAGUUUGUUUCCGAGACUAAUGCUAGUGAUACAGGAGUUUCAUCAACUUAUGACGCGGUAAUGACGGAAGAAGCAGCAGUAGUCGAUAAGCAAGAGGUCACUUCAGCGUGCUCAUCUGACGAGAAUAAGGUCGAAGUGGAACAAAGUUCAGGUGUAGUUGAGGAUUUACCAAAAUGCUCUAACUUAAUAUCGGAUAUUGUAGUUGAAAAAAUUGAAAAAAUGCAUAGUCCAAAAAUAACUAUAAAACCAAUAGUUAAACCAUCGGACAGUCUUGGUAUGUGUAGUCCCAAACCCGCAAUUCUUAAACCCGAGGAUGCAGAAAGGGAGAGUCUAAAAAUAACUUUGAAAUCGCUACUAAAGUCAUCAAGUGAAUCGCACUACGUUCCAGAAAGGUACAAUACUAAAAUGACUAGAAGGCAAGCUAUGAAACAAGCGGAGCUUAUGGCGGCAGAACAAGAGAAAGCUAACAAGCUCACGAUAAAAUCUAUGUCCAAAUAUGACGGAAACGAGACAGAGGAUCGGCAUAGUCCAAAGAUAACCAUAAAACCCAUUCGAAAGCCUGAUGAAUUGCAGAUUUCCAGAUUAACGAUAAAACCAAUUCCUCAUUCGACGGAAGAAAUGGAAGAGCAAAGGCCGAACCCAAAAAUCACGAUCAAGCCGAUCAUGAAACCAGUGGAGGAAGGUGACGAAGUCUAUUCGAAGUUUAAGUCCAGGUAUUCAUCAGAUAUGGAAAUUGAAGAACGGCACAGUCCGAAAAUAACGAUAAAACCGAUCCCAAAACCUGACGAUUAUAAUUCCAAGUUGAUUAUUAAACCGAUUCCGAAAGGUGUCGAUUUCGAGAAUGCGCCCGAAGAAAGGCACAGUCCGAAAAUAACUAUAAAACCCAUAAAACCUCCCGACGAUAUUCAAAUUUCCGUCGAAGAUCAGCAUGGCGCAAAAGUGACAAUUAAGCCAAUUCCCAAAGACGAAACGGAGGACAGAUCGUCACACAGGAUGUUGCGAAAAUCGAUUGCUAAGCGCGAGGAGUAUCAAGAGUCGUCGUCGAGUCCGCGUAUUACGAUCAAACCGAUCGUGAAACCGCAAGAGGCGUACGAGCGAAUGGACGAAGGCCCCUCGCACACCUUCAAAUUAAACAUUAAACCGGUCGUACGGCCCGCCGAAAGUAGCCUAAGUCCGAAAAUCACAAUAAAACCGAUACCGAAAACCGAUCAGGCGCAAUCCUUUGAACUCAUCGACUUUGAAGAACAGAUUAAGCAAGAGCGAAUAGUGCUUAAGAUUCCAAAAAAUCGAAAGGAAAGUGAGCGCGUUAAUAAAAUAAAAGUCAAGCUUUCCAAGGAUCAUGGAGUUGCGCAAAUUUUGCCCGCCAAACGUCCGUCAUCCGAAGCGAUGGAGUCGGAACCGAAACUGUUCAAGACUGAGUUUUCAUCGGAUAUGUCGAUUAGCUUAGUGCCGAAUCUGCCCGAGGUGAAGAAAGAAAAUAUCGAGAUAAAACAGGAGGAUACCGGUGAUCCAUUAUCCGAAAUACCAGUGUUUGAGAUUCGGCUUGACUCGACAUCCGGAGCGGGUACGGCGCCGAAACCUUCGUUGCCGGUACCGAUUAGUGUUCCACUGCCUACGCCUCGCAAACGAGGUAGGCCGAGAAAGGUACCGUUGGAGGUGAGGGAGGAGUUUAAAGACAUCAAGGAAGAAGUGAAGGAGGAGCCGGUGGUGGAAGUCGUCGAGUCGAGUAGACCGAAGCGAAGCUGUAGAGGACCCUCGGUUCGAACGACUUUGGGUAUUAAGCCGAGAAAGCCAAGGGGUAGCGGACGAGGGCGUGGUCGGCCACCUGGUCCUCGAUCUGCAAAAAAGGAACGCAGGCCGUACACUAGAAGAAGUCUUCUCAAAGAAUCUAUAAUACCGGAUUUUGAUAGCGACUUUAAACCCGUUCCUUUGCCAAAUGAAUCUGGAAAUAGAGAUGUUGUUAUAUAUGAAGAAGAAACGCGUAUGAGCGCUGAUAAUAGUAGCCGUGCACAAACGCCCGCCAAGCAGGUUUUGACAUCGACCUCGGAGGUUAUUGAGGAGUCGCAAAGCUCCAUACAAAGCAAUACCACAACGGAAAGUGGUGAAAAACCUCAAAAAGCUCGUAAGGGGACGCGAUUGGAGGUGCAUCAAGAGCCGGAAGGCGAAGUGAUUUCCGCCGAUAAAUUGGCCGAAUAUUCUUGGGGAGGUGGUGGUCCCUAUAUGUUACAGGAGCAAGUCGCUCAGUUUCUCGGAAUCAAAUCAUUUAAACGAAAAUAUCCUGGAAUUCAUAGGCGCCCUGUUGAUAUGCAAGAGCGCGAUUUUAUACGCGAAAGUUGUUUAGCGUCCGAGGCAAUGUGUGAUAUGGGAUUGACUGCUGUAAAAAGAGAGGAUAUACUUGACAUUAUGUACACUGACUUUCAACACAAAUAUGAGGAGUACUGCAAACAUCAACGCGACCGACAAGCAAAAGAUGUCUCUAACAAACAGAAAGCGCUAAGUUUGGCGGCCAGUCAGGAAAAAAAUAAGAUUGAUAUUGUCGAGCAAGCAGUUCAAUCUGCUUUUCAGUGGAAUGCUAACUUUAAUAAGACUCGCAAAGAACAAAGGCGCGCAUGCUUAGAUCUUCAAACAUUUACAGUACAUUAUCCUAAAGGCAAAGUAAAACAAAUUAAUAAACCCCCACCGGGUCCAUACCCUCUUGCGUUGGUUCCUGGUCAAUACAGUGACUACUACAAGCGAUACACUCCAUUUGAGUUGAGUAAAUUACCAUUAAAUACUGUGGGAAGAAAGGCUAUGAGCAUUUACCAUGAUACUGAAGACAGCCAGUCCGACGGUUCUGGUUCCGAUUCGGAUUCGAGUAGUUCCGAUUCUGAUAGUUCCUACUCGGGAUCGUCUGUUGAGGAUUGCAAAAUGUGUGGACCAGUGCCUCCGACGGCCAAAAAACUUUUGGUACAUUGAUUAUUAAAUAUAACUUUUUCUAUAGAUACACAAUUUUGUUAAGUAUUUAAACAUUAAUGUGAAAAUUCCUUUUUGUAAUCUCUUAAAUAUUAAAGACAUAGUUUGCUGUUAAA